UCAUAAUGUGUCAUGCAUCGGAUUCGGAAUUAGUGAUACCUAUUCCUGUGAUAGUAGAAGUUAACAAGUGGAAAAUUCGCGCGCCACGCCGGCUGCCAAGGACGGUCCGCCGGCUGCAGGCUGAGGCAGUUGUGUCCAAGGCAAUAUAAGAGGUGAAUAUGUGUGUCUAUUUUGAAGCUUGACAUAUUUUUAGUUGUUUGCACUUUCUUCCACUUCAAAAAUUAAAAUGGUCUUCCUUGAAUUUGAUGAUGAGCCGGAGCUUAUGCAGAGUGUGUUCCGCGGCGACCUGGGGGAGGUCCUGCAGGUCCUGCUCGAUGGUGGGGACGCCAACUAUCAGGACGCGGAGCAGCGCACCCCGCUGCACGCGGCCGCGUUCUGCGGGCACGCUGAGAUUGCCGAGGCGCUCCUUCUGAACGGGGCGCGCGUCAACGCCAAGGACAGCAAGUGGGCCACCCCGCUGCACUGGGCCUGCCUCCAGGGACAGUCGGGGGCGGCUCUGAUGCUGCUGCAGCACGAGAGCGACAUCACGGUGCGCGACAAGCUGUGGCAGACGCCGCUGCACAAGUGCGCCAUCUCGGGCGCCGUGGAGAUUGCCGAGCUGCUGGCCGACCUGCUGAGUACCGUCAGCACCACGGACCGCGCCGGCUGGACGCCGCUCCACCACGCCGCCUACCACGGACGGGUCGAGAUGGUGCAGCUUCUGCUGGAUCGCGGCGCGGCCGUGAACGCGCACGACAAGCGCGGCCGGCGCGCGCUCCACCUGGCCGCCAGCCAGGACCGCGAGCGGGUCGUCAGACUGCUGCUCGACCGCAACGCGGACGUCAACGUCGGAGAUAAAAAGAUGUGCACCCCGCUGCACUGUGCGGCGGCCGCCGGCCACGGCUCCUCCCUGGACCUGCUGCUGGCGGCGCCCGGCGUGGACACGGAGGCGGCCUGCGCGUCCGGCGGCACCCCGCUCCACACGGCGGCCGUACACGGACAGCUGGAUACUCUGCGGUGUCUGCUGGCGGCCGGCGCCAACGUGCAGGCCACCGACCGCCGCGGACAGACGGCACUGCACCUGGCCGCUGCCACCACCCGUUGUCUGGACUGCGUGAAGCUGCUGCUGAGCCGCGGCGCCGACCCCCGCUCGGCCGCCGCGCCGGCCGGACUGACACCGCUGCACAUGACGGCCAUGCACGGCCGGUUCCAGCGGGCCCGGCUGCUGCUCAACAGAGGUGCCGAGGUGGACGCUCUGGACGCCCGCAGCUGCUCCCCGCUCCACCUGGCCGCCGCCUGCGGGCACGACGUCCUCGUGAAGACGCUGUUCCAGCACGGUGCCGACGUCAACAGAGCCGGACCGGACGGUAUGACCCCGCUGCACCUGGGCGCACUAAACGGGUUCACCGCCUGCGUGAAACAGCUGCUGGAGCUCGGCGUGGACAUCCGGGCCACCGACAGCCUGGGACGCACAGCACUCCACCUCUCCGCGCACAAAGGGAACCAGGACAGCACGAGCCUUCUGCUGGCUCGGGGAGCCGACCUCAGUGCCGCCGAUAAACAGGGCCGUCUGCCGCUGCACUACGCGGCCGCGCGCGCCAACUAUGAGGUGGCUGUGACGCUGGUGGUGGCCGGUGCCGACGUCUCGUGUACAGACAGCCACGGCCGGACGCCGCUCUACUGCGCCGCGGCCGCCGACGCCGACGGAAGGACGGUACAGCUGCUGCUGCAGCGCGGCACCGACCCGCUCCAGCCCGACUCGGAGGGACGCUCCCCUCUCCAUCUGGCGGCCGCCGCCGGCCACCGCGCCGCGCUGGACCUUCUGCUCGACUCGCGCGGUGUGUGCUCCGUGCUGGGGCCGCCGGCCGGCGAGGAGCGCUGCCCGCCGGCGGCGCCCAGUCCCCUGCAUCUGGCUGCGUUCCACGGCCACCAGGCCAACCUGAUGAACCUCAUGGCCGUGAUGGAUAACGUCAACCUGCUGGAGGGACGCGGACGGACGGCGCUGCACCUGGCGGCGGCGCGCGGCAACCUGCCCUGCCUGCUGUCGCUGCUGGAACAGAAGGCCGACAUCGAUAUAUCUGAUGACGAGGGUCGUACGCCUCUUCACGCUGCCGUGGAGCGGGGUCACAAAGAGUGUGUGAGAGCGCUGCUCACCGAACUACUCAACAGGUUCCAGCUGUCUGCCCCGGCGUCUGUGGAGUUCAGUAACCUGGCGGCCGAGUCCAGUCCGGCCCACGCCUGUCCCAAGUUCGGGGCCAUCAUCAACCGGGCAGACACCAGCGGCAGGACGGCUCUGAUGCUGGCUGCCGAGGUGGGCAGCUCAGAGCUGGUGAUGCUGCUACUGAUGCACGGCGCCCAGCCCGGUCUGACGGACCAGCAGGGACGGACGGCGCUCUAUUACGGGGCGGUGGGCGGUGCUGAAGAGAGUGUGGACGCCCUGCUGUGUUUUGCCGACUGUCAGCCGCUGGCCGCUGACACCACUGGUCGGACGGCGCUGCACGUGGCGGCGGCCGCCGGCCACGUGGGCGUCAUGGGCUCCCUGCUGCAGGCGGUGGGACGCGGCAAGGUGGACGCGCUGCUCGACAGACAGCACCGCUCGCCGCUCCACUACGCCUGCCACAACAGUCACGAGGCGUGUGUCGAGCUGCUGCUCCAGUACACCGACUCCAAGACGCUGGUCGGCGCACCCUUCUCGCCCUUCCACGCCGCCGCGUACCAGGGUAACGAGCACUGUCUGUCCGCGCUGCUCACCCACUUCGGCUCGGCUCCUCUGGGCGGCGCCGACGGCCGCGGCCGGACGCCGCUGCACGUGGCCGCCGAGCGCGGCCGGCGCGACUGUGUGCCGCUGCUGGUGACCUGUCGGGAGCCGCUGACCGCCGGCGACAGACAGGGACGGACCCCGCUGCAGACGGCAGCGAGACACGGACACCUCAGCACCGUCGAGUGUCUGCUGGACGCCGGCUCGCCGGCCGGCCACCGGGACCGCGGCGGCCGAACGGCGCUCCACCUGGCCUGUGAGGCCGAGCACAGCCGCGUGGCCGUGCGACUGGUGGAGCGAGUCGGUAGGCCGGCACUGCUCAACAUCACGGACAAGGCCGGGCAGACGGCGCUGCACGUGGCGGCCCGGCGCGGUCUGGUGGACGUCACGGACGCGCUGGUCAGUCACGGCGCCUCUGUGAGCUGUGUGGACGCGCGCGGCUACACGCCGGCGCUGGCCACCACGGUAUCGGACGCGCACGCCGACUGUCUGUCGCUGAUCCUGGCCGGAGACAGGGCCGACCGGAUGGCGACGUCCGUCCGGCUCUCCAGCGGCUCCAGUCAGCGGCUCAGCGAGACGGGCUCCGCCAUGAAGAGACUCUCUUUGGCGGCGCACCUGGAGUCUAGUCUGGAGGAACAGACUUACCAGAGCUCAGACUCCGAGUUCUACUAAUAAACUCCAGUCUGGAGGAGCAGAAUUACCAGAGCUCCGACCCCGAGUUCUACUGACCGACUAGACUCCAGUCUGGGGUCCAGCAGGCAAAUCUGGAGGAUCAGACGCAUCGUAGCUCCGACUUUCAAGUUCAAUUAACAGACUGAAGACGUUCUCCAGUGCCUCGAGAAGUGCCUGCCCGCGGCGGUCGGCCGGCCGGCUGGAGGCUGUGUCUGCUGCCGGCAGAGGGGGAGGGACUGAGGUGCCGGCCGCCCCUCGCUGCUGAUUACGCGCUGUCCGGCCGCCGCUGACGCGAUCAGCGGCCGUGCGCCGUAUGUAGCGCGGGGCUCAGAGUCGUCCGUGCGUGUGACGGGAUCUCAUUGUACUGGGACGCCGCGGUCGUACCUGAUGGGACCGCCGACUGGGGGUCUGUGGGGCCGGGGUGUCGGUGGCAGCCGCCGGGCAGGGUCGUACCUGAUCGGACCACCGGCUGGGGGUCUCUGGGUCCGGGGUGUCCUGCCCAGCCGCCGGGGAGGGGCCGCACAGCAGCUGAGGACCGCUCCGUCCGUCCGCGCGGUCCGGGACCAAGUCUCGCGGGAGGUACGAUAUUAGUCUUCACAGACCAUAACCGUAUAUACAGCUAGUGGGCCGACAAUAAUCCACGGGGAAGGUUUUGGCGGGAGUGGCGGGGUCGCUGCUGAGCAGUUGUAAGGUAUUUGGGAGGGAGGGGAGAGAGAGUGGCGGAGGGAGAGCGGAGAGAGUAGCUGAGGAAGACCGCCAUUUCACAAUGCCGACGUUGGUACCUGUUGACUGAGCCCGUGUGCUCGGAUAUGAUCUGCGCUUCCAUUCCGUGCCAACUGGGCCUUGGCUGAAGGCCGGUCGUCCAUAAGAGGCAGUGUUAUUCGCUGAACUCCGUAUAUUCCGGUCGGGUCGCGCCGUGCCUUGGUGUACGUACUAAAUGGUGCCUUACACAAUACACACCCACACAUACCAUGUACUGUGAUAGGUGCCGGGGUAGUGCGGGCAGGCGUGGCUCUCCGCACGGACCAGACUGUUAGUAGGUAUGUUGACUGGCCGCCGGGACCGUGUCACAAGUUACAGUUCUGGGCUUCUGUGGCCUGUGCGCCUGUUGAACCCACUGCGGAGAGGAAUGGUGCAGCAAUAUACAGACGGUCCCGUU